CUGGUGCUAAUUUGGAUGCUGAGGCGGUGUUACGGUUGUGUAAAAGAUGACAACCGCGGCCAGGCCAACGUUUGAGCCAGCGAGGGGCGGCAGAGGUAAAGGGGAAGGCGAUCUGAGUCAGCUCUCAAAGCAGUAUUCCAGCAGAGACCUCCCUUCCCACACCAAGAUCAAAUACAGACAGGCUACCCAGGAUGCCCCAGAGGAAGUGAGAAGCCGUGACUUCAGGAGGGAGCUUGAGGAGAGAGAACGUGUUGUUGCCAGGGACAAGAACAGAGACCGGCCAACAAGAGAGCAUACAUCAUCUGUAUCAAAGAAACCUCGCUUAGAUCAGAUCCCAGCAGCAAACCUUGAUGCAGAUGAUCCACUCACUGAUGAAGAUGGAGAUGAAGAUUCAGAUGAAGACAGUGACGAUGACACCGCUGCACUCCUUGCUGAACUAGAGAAAAUUAAGAAGGAGAGGGCAGAGGAGAAAGACCGGAAGGAGUUGGAACAGAAAGCUGAAGAGGAGCGGAUCCGCAUGGAGAACAUCUUGAGUGGAAACCCACUGCUGAAUCUCACAGGCCCUGCUGCCCAAUCACAAGCCAGCUUUAAGGUUAAACGAAGGUGGGACGACGACGUUGUAUUUAAGAACUGCGCCAAGGGAGUCGAUGAAAUGAAAAAGCAAAAGAGAUUUGUGAAUGAUACUUUACGUUCCGAAUUCCACAAGAAAUUUAUGGAAAAGUACAUCAAGUAGUGCAGUUUUAUGUGCUCGGUUUGGGAGAUGGUUUCUUUUCUGGCUGGUGGACUUUAGGAAGACGUGUCUUUGUGUUUCUCCUUCAUUCUGGCCAGUGCCAUCAUGUUUCUUAAUUGCUUGUCUGUGUGUGCUCAUCAAUAAAUAAAUUCCAUUUGUUUUCUA